GAAAAAUAAACAAAUUUUGCUGAUUGGUUGCUCUAAUUUUCACAGCCCGAAAUCAUAGGCUGACCUUUCGUGCGAUCUUGUAAGCAGAGCAUUGAAUGAAUGCCUUUGCCUUUCCCUUUCCUGUUUUGCUGCCCGCCAUUCUCCCUUUCCGCCGGUCCCUUCCCUUUUAACUUCCUCCCUCUCUUCCUCUUCUUCUUUUUCUUCUUCAUUCACUUCCCCUUUCUCGGUGCGAUUCAUAUCGUACCUCCCCCUUCCCCUUUCCUCACUUGGGUUCUCCCCUUUUUCUUUGAUCUUCAUCCCUUUUACUUUCUCUCCCAUUUCCCUCUCUUGGAUUCUCUCAAUCUUCCCUUUUUCCCAUUUCCUCACUUGGGUUCUCCCUACAUUUCCCUUUUUGAGACUUCUUUGUCCAUUCUCAUUCUUUGUAUUGCCUCUUUUUUGGAAACAGGGGAACCCCAUUAAUGGCUAGCUACCGAACUUUAAUGACCUCUUAAUCCCUUGGAAGAAUACGGGGAUAGAGAUAGGGCUUUGUUGAUUUCAUUGCGUUUUUUUAAAAAAAUUUAAAAUUUUUUUAUUUUUAUUUUUUUUCUUUAUAAUGGGAAGGGUUAAGCUGAAAAUAAAGAAAUUGGAGAGCACUGGUAGCAGGCAAGUGACUUACUCUAAGAGAAGAAAUGGGAUUAUGAAGAAAGCAAGGGAGCUAGCUAUACUUUGCGAUAUUGAUAUCGUUCUCCUCAUGUUUUCGCCAAGUGGAAAGCCGGCGCUAUAUGAAGGUGAACGCAGCAACAUCGAGGAGGUCAUUACAAAAUUUGCUGAAUUGACUCCACAGGAGAGGGCAAAAAGGAAAAUGGAAAGCCUUGAAGUGUUGAAGAAAACAUUUAAGAAGUUAGACCACGAUGUUAACAUAAAAGAUUUUGUGGGUUCAAGCUCUCAAGAUUUUGAGCAGGAAUUGACCAAUGAAGUUACCAUAUUGCGAGAUCAGAUUGGCGAAGCACAUAAGAGACUGAGCUAUUGGAGGAAUCCUGAUAGUAUCAACAAUAUGGAGCAGCUCCAGCAGAUGGAAGAUCUAAUAAGGGAGUCCUUAAACCAGACACGUCUACACAAGGAAAAUUUAAGAAGACAACAACUACUCUCACAGGACUUCACGGGCCAGUAUUCGGGUGGUGGGAUGUCCUUACCUUUGUUAAUGGACGAAAUGCAAAGUACUCAACCCCUGUUAUGGCUUCCCAACUAUGGCACUCAACAGAUUACUUUACCAAAUGAGCCUAGCUUUCUGCAACCAGGUGAUGUUGAAUGCUCAUUUCCAAGCUAUCCUAGUUUCUUCAACCCUGGGAAAAUUGAAGCUGGAAUCUCCGGUCAUGUUGAUAGCAUGCCACAAGGUGAUGGGGCAUUAAAUGAAUUAAGUGGAACUUCUUGCUCAACAUUGCAACUUGGUGAUCAAUAUCCAUACCCUACAUGUGAUGGUUCCAGCUUCCAAGAUGAAAAGAGACUGAAAAUAGAGAUGGAGAUGAACUUGCAUGCAACUUGUGUGGACACUCAACUAAAUGGAAAGUUGGAGCUCUCUAGAUCUCUAUAUGACGAUGACCAGCAUCCAUGGGUUGCUAUACCAGGGCCUUGUAGCAUUCCAAUGUACCAAAGCAAUGCAUAUCACCAUCCAAAUUGAUUCCAAUCGAAUUUCACCAGUAAUUGGACGGGUAACAGAUUGAAGAAAUGUUCCUCUUGAUUGAUGAAUGAUGUGGUCAGCAUUUUUGUUGGGAUAGCAUCCUUCUCCCAAUUGCCAGUCAAAAGUAUUCGAUAUAUAAUGAGAUCAGAAUGAUCUUCGCUCCUCAUUUUGCCGUUUAACCAAUAUCCUCGACUUGUAAAUACAAUAUAUACGAGAUCAGAGGUUGGUGUUUUAGGUUAGAUUUUCUUUUUUUUCCCUUUCCCUCCUCAUGGAAGAGCUGUAAAAUAUUUGGGGUUUUCUGGUUUCCUUAGCUGUACAUUGAGCUUUGUAAAACAUGGACGCAAAUUUCAUACUUCUUAUAUCAUAUUUCGAGAAAAUUAAAGAAGUCGGCAUGAUUACAAUCUUUCUUUCUCAGUUAAACCAAGUUGCAUACUUUUAUACUACAUUUAUAUAACUGCUACCAUCCUGUACAAUGAUAGUUCCCAUGUCUACAAUCACACAGAUCACACAAUAUUGCACAUAU